AUGAUUGCGAUCACUAGUCGGCAUUCCUUCUGCUUGAUUUACCUUGUUGUAGCGAGCAUUUGCCUCUUUUUGGAUCCUCGACGUGCGGGAACCAAUGCCCAUAGCGUCAAUACUCCAGAAGAACCAGACCCGUUUGGUAUCAGAGACAAAACGAAUGGACGUUGGUCGCGUAUAGUGAAGGGGCACACCGGGGUUGCAGCCAUGCAGAUCAGCGUUGUCAGCGACAAGUAUGCCUUGAUUCUCGAUAAAGUUGAAAAUAAUCCCCUCAAAAUCAACGGUCAUCGAGCCUGGGCAGCGCUAUACAACUUUGAGACAGAUGCAGUCACACCCAUAGACCUGAAAUCUAACUCUUUUUGCGCCGGUGGAAGUUUCUUGGGUAACGGGACUCUGAUCAACUUCGGUGGUAAUCCAGUAGGCCGCCCGAAACCAGGUGACUUUGGACCUACCAAUGGCCUGCAGUCAAUCCGAUUUUAUACACCAUGCGAUGAUGGAAAAUGCACUGUCGCCGAAUACGAUUCUAUCAAGUUGACGAGUGCCCGUUGGUAUGCGACGGCAGCGCGUCUUGCAGAUGGCACUAUUAUGAUCGUCGGAGGAAGUAAGAGGGGAGCUUUUAGAAAUUCUGCCGAAAUCAACAACCCGACGAUCGAAUACUUCCCACCACGACAGCUUCCAUUUGCGACUGAUUCUAAAAAAACCCAGAUUCACUCACCUUUCUUGGACAGGACUCUUGUUGCCAAUCUGUUUCCGAUUGUAAUCACCCUUCCCAAGCCUGGCUUGGUCUUCAUGGCAGCCAAUAGAGACGCAAUCAUCUACGACUACACAACAAACCGCGAGACUCGACUUCCACGAAUUCCAAAUGGUGUCAGGGUCACUUAUCCUAUGACCGGUGGUGGUAUUCUACUUCCAUUAUCUCCUCACAACGACUACCAACCCGAAGUUUUGAUCUGUGGUGGAAGUGAUUUGAAUGACGCCUUAGAGACAAAGUUAAUCAAGGCAACUGCUCCUGCCACAACUCAAUGCGUUCGGAUGGUCCUCACAGAAGCGGGUAUCAAGGAAGGUUGGCAGGUGGAGCACAUGCCGCAGGGAAGAAUCAUGCCUGAUAUGAUCACGAUGCCAGAUGGGACGAUUCUAAUUGUGAACGGAGCCCAAACAGGCGUAGGAGGUUUUGGAAGUCUUGAAAAGAUGACUGGAAACUCAAAUGCGGAAAACCCAAGUUUCACGCCCGUGCUAUAUCAUCCCGACGCUCCAGCGGGUAAAAGGUUUAGCACCGAGGGACUGCCAACGACAAACAUUGCAAGGCUUUAUCAUUCGGUUGCCACUCUAACACCUAGCGGUCAAGUGAUGCUUGCCGGAAGCAAUCCUAAUCCCGACGUUACCACAAACAACUACCGAACGGAAUACCGCGUCGAAUGGCUAAGCCCUCCCUAUAUCAAAGACCCUCAUCGACCAACAAUCUCGAGCCUUCCAAAGAUUGCAAACUAUAAGGAGAAGAUCAAAGUUAAACUUGACGAUAUGGACAUCAAGCUAGCAGAACAGCAUGUCGAAGCAGUCUUACUAGAUUUUGGAUUUGUAACACAUUCGACACACAUGAACUCUCGCCUUGUCAAGUUGAUAACCAAAUUCGAUUCUCCUGCCAACAAAUUAAAAGUCGUCAUGCCACCUUCACCAGAAAUCUACCCACCUGGAUAUGCCUGGCUUUUUGUCUUGGUCAACGGAAUCCCCAGCCCCGGAAAAAGGAUUAUGGUUGGUUCCGGCAAGCUCUUGAUUUAA